AUGCGCCCCACAGUCCUGAAACUUCUAAGGCAAGAGAGCGUUACAAAAUCUGAGUGGCAGGGGUUGUUUUGGGCUGUGCAUUCAGUGUGUUUAUGGGAUGACAAAGGACCCCAAAAAGUAUACCAAGCUUUGCAAGAUGACAUCCUGGAGUUUAUUAGACAAGCUCAAGCAAGAGUUUUACAGCAUCAAGAGGAUUCAGCUCUUUUGAAAGCAUAUAUUGCAGAAUGGGGUAAAUUCUUCACACAAUGUGGCUACUUGCCCAAACCAUUUUGUCAACUGGAGGCUUCACUUGCUGGGAAAGCUCACAACACAAUGCCUAAGAAAAGCCAAGGAGAGGAAAGUAUUGUUCGCAAGAUGAUGCUAGAUACGUGGAAUCAGAGUAUUUUCAACAACAUCAAGCAUCGCUUGCAAGACAGUGCCAUGAAAUUGGUUCAUUCUGAACGUAAUGGUGAAGCAUUUAACUCCCAACUUGUUAUUGGAGUCCGAGAAUCUUAUGUAAAUCUGAGCUCUGAUGCUGAAGACAAACUUAAAAUUUACCAUGAAAAUUUUGAGAAGGCCUAUCUUGAGGCUACAAAAUCCUUUUACCGUGUAAAAGCACCACAAUACCUGCAGGCAAAUGGUGUACAAAAUUAUAUGCGUUUUGCUGAUGCAAAACUAAAAGAAGAAGAAACACGAGCAAAACGUUACCUUGAAACGGGCUGGGGUUGCACUUCAGUUUCUGCGUUAGUAGAUUGUUGUGUGGAUGUGUUGGUAACAGCAUUCAAGGAUACAAUACUACAUGAAUGUGCUUCAAUGAUCAAAGUGAACGAGACAGAAAAAUUACGUUUAAUGUUUAGUCUUAUGGAUAGAGUCCCUGAUGGUAUCGCUCCCAUGUUGCAUGAUCUUGAGGCUCAUAUUGUAAGCCAGGGUUUAGCAGAUAUGAUGUCUGCUGCCAGAACUAUCACCACUGAUUCUGAAAAAUAUGUUGAGCAACUUUUAGAAUUAUUCAACAAAUUUAGUAAAUUAGUUAAAGAGGCCUUUAUUGAUGACCCACGGUUUUUGACUUCUCGAGACAAGGCUUACAAAAGCGUUGUCAAUGAUAUAUCAGUGUUUAAAUUAGAGUUACCAAGUAAAACUAAAGGUAUGAAUGUGAAAACUCAGCCAGAGUCUCGAUGUCCGGAACUGCUCGCCAAUUACUGUGAUAUGUUACUCAGGAAAACGUCUUUGAGUAAAAAACUCACUCCAGAAGAAGUGGAGAAAAAACUAAAGGAUGUGUUGCUUGUCUUAAAAUACGUCCAAAACAAAGAUGUAUUUAUGCGAUAUCAUAAAGCUCACCUCACCCGCCGCCUCAUCCUGGAUACUUCAGCAGAUAAUGAAAAAGAGGAAAAUAUGGUUGAAUGGCUUAGAGAAGUGGGUAUGCCAGCAGAUUAUGUAAAUAAAUUAGCCAGAAUGUUCCAGGAUAUUCAAGUCAGUGAAGAUCUAAAUCAAGAAUUUAAAGAAGUCUUUCGGAAUAAUAACAAUGAUGCAUUAGCAGAUGCAAUUAAUAUAAAGAUUUUGAAUGCUGGUGCUUGGGCUAGAACAAGUGAUCGUAUUUCUGUCACAUUACCAAUGGAAUUAGAGGACUACAUUCCUCAAGUUGAAGAAUUCUACAGACAGAAACACAAUGGUCGCAAAUUACAAUGGCACCAUCUUAUGUCCAAUGGAGUUAUCACCUUCUGUAAUGAUUUUGGCCGGUUUGAUCUAGAAGUGACAACUUUCCAAAUGGGUGUUUUAUUUGCUUGGAAUCAGAGGCCUAAAGACAAGAUCUCAUAUGAAAGUUUAAGAUUAGCCACAGAAUUACCAGACUCUGAACUUAGGCGAACUCUUUCUUCAUUUGUUGCAUUUCCAAAAUUGAAGAAGCAAGUUCUCCUUUGUGAACCAGAAGCCAAGUCACCAAAAGAUUUUGAAGAUAGCACACAAUUUUGGAUUAACCAAAAGUUUGCCCUGAUAAAGAAUGGCAGACCACAGAAACGAGGUAGAAUCAACCUUGUUGGUAGAUUGCAAUUGUCCACAGAGAAGAGUAAAGAGGAAGAUAAUGAAGGAAUUAUGCAGCUUAGGAUAUUGCGUGUUCAGGAAGCCAUAGUUAAAAUAAUGAAGAUGCGCAAGAAAAUCACAAAUGCUGCUCUGCAAACAGAACUUGUGGAGAUUCUAAAAAACAUGUUUCUGCCCUCCAAGAAGCUAAUUAAAGAACAGAUUGAAUGGUUGAUAGAACACAAAUACAUGCGGCGAGAUGAAGACAAUAUUAAUAUGUUCAUUUACAUGGCUUGA